AUGGCGACACCGUUUCAUUUCCAGCCAUUACCUAUCCCGGCGCAAUCACAGCCUUCGGCCGGGAACAACUCAUUCUGGCCGACAAUCCAGCAGCAGCAGACCCAGGCAGCUUCACCCCCCUCCACCCAGCCUCCCUCAACCACUCCUGCAGCUCCCCCGUCGUCCGCCGCGCAGCUGUUCCCCGCGCCUACCCCUGCGCCCUUGUCCGUCGUCCCUUCCGCUGCGCCGAUGUUACCCAAUAUCGGCGCGCUGCAGUCGCUGAUUCCGCUCAUGUCGCAGCAGCCACCGAUCUCAACCACGCCAGAUCAACUCCAGCAGCAGCAGGCUGCCGCGUCCGUCGGCGUCGCCUCCGUGAUCUCACAACUCGCCGUCGCCGCUGCCAACAUUCUCCCGCAAGCCGGACUCUCCCCUCCCAUCAACCCGGCCUUUGCGCGAUGCGGUGUUUUCGCGCCGUCCCCGCUUCUGGCGCCUGACAACGCGGGGCCGUCUAAUCCUUUCUCUGUUUUCGGCGGUACAAAUCAACGACCUGUGGUGCAGCAACAGAUGCAGCAGCCGCAGCCGCAGCAGGAACCGGAACAACAGCUGCAGCCGCCGCAGCAGCCGCAGCAGCAGUCACCAGCAGCGCCGGUGGUGAACGAGCCAUGCCGACCAGCAGCGCCAAUUGAGCAAGUCGCUGUUGCUUCUCCCGAACUAAAGCUCUUCGGGAAACCUCUUUUACCUCAGAAGCGAAAGGUCGAGGAAGUUGCAUGGGACCCCGCUGACGCCGAAGACGGACCACCUCACGCAGCGAAGAAAAUUAUCCCCGCGGGAACCUCCAAUGUUCCUGGCGCUGUUAACGGGUGUGCUUUUUUCGCGGAUGCGGGUUUGGACGAAGAGAACGACGAGUCGCCGCUUCCGGCGGGAACGUUCGACAUUAUCGAGAUGGACCCUGUGGAGCUGCUCGCAGAGCACGCGCACUUCUGCGAGAUCUGCGGCAAAGGAUUUAAGCGUGACGCCAACCUGCGCAUGCACAUGAGGGGCCAUGGCGACGCGUACAAAACACCAGAGGCGCUUGCAAGGCCAGGCAAGCACUCUCCAGAAGCCACUGGGCAGCCUCCAAAACGUUUCAGCUGCCCGUUUGUCGGGUGCAAGCGCAACCAGCAGCACCGGGCGUUCGUGCCGCUGAAGACGAUGCUGUGUGUGAAGAACCACUACCGCCGCACCCACUGCCCCAAGAUGCUCGCCUGCUCCAAGUGCGGUGCAAAGCGGUUCUCGGUGGUGGCGGACCUCAAGACCCACGAGAAGCACUGCGGGCGCGACCGCUGGCUGUGCUCCUGCGGCACGUCCUUCAGCCGCAAGGACAAGCUGCUCGGCCACCUCGCCCUCUUCAAGGGCCACCACGCUGCCACUGCCGCCGCCGCUGCGGCAGCUCCCACCGUCGCUGAUGCAAUUGCAGCAGAGGCAGCAGAAGCAGCUCUUUUGGAAGGCACUGACACAUUUUCCCCAAGUCAUGCUGGCGCUGCUCCUCCCCCGAUACCGUUCCCACCUUCUGUGGUUUCUUUUUCCAGCAAGGGAAGGCACCUUGUUGAGGCGGGGAUGGGUGGGGGUGCAGGAGACGUUGGUCCGGCUCUCAGCUCUCAAAGCACAAAUGUGGAUGCUGGGAAGCGCAGCGGAAGUGGGGGUGGUAGCAAUCGUUGUUCAGGCAACGACUGCCUUUCUUCGAAUUUUAACCUGAACGGUUUUGCACCGGCUCAGUGUGAAGGCGAUACGGAGGAGAGGGAGGUGGUGUUGUACCGGCAGCCACCUUGUGUACAGCUGUGCAUUGGACAGGUGAUAGAUGUGCAGAAGAGUGAGGAGAGGUAA